ACAUCGAACAGGAGAGCUGAUUGCUAAUUCCGGUGUACAUAUAACUAUCCAGCAGGAGGCUGUGAGAAAACUCAACAUGAUUCUGGAUGAAAUCCCAAAAGAAGACAAAACACAAAUCUUAUCAUCUGGGAAGGUUUUAUGUGUCAUGAGUGGGUUGGGGAAAAGAAUAUUGAUUGGUGGAGAUUAUGACUUGCAAGUUGCUAUAACUGAAGCUCUGUGCAGAAUGACUACAGGGAAGCAGAGGCAGGAGCUGGCAGACCAGUGGUUUACGAUGGAGUUUGUUGCAAAUGCCUUUAAAGGGAUUAAAGACUCUGAAUUUGAAACGGAUUGCCGAAAAUUCCUUAACCUGGUGAAUGGCAUGCUGGGGGAUAGAAGAAGCGUUUACACUUAUCCAUGUCUCAAAGUGUUUCUUGAUGAACAUGAGCUGCUAAUGCCUGCUGAUGACAAACUGCAGGACUUCUGGAUUGAUUUCAAUGUAGGCAGCCAGAGUAUAACGUUUUAUAUUUCUCCUGAUGACAAUGAAGAGGUAAGUGUCACAGCAAGUCCCAGAGGUGUAUGUGGAGCUCAUUAUGUUCAAAAGCAGUAUGUAACUGGUAAUGGAUUUGCUACUUUAAAUAUAAUUUAA